AUGUCAGCGUCAGCUUACGGUGUUUUCCGUUGGCUGUUGUCUUCUGGCUUCUUCUUAUUUUAGCCACACAGGCAUUCCACGCCAGAGUCUCGUAGUAGCUUUUUUUUUUUUUUAAGAAAUGAAGUGCAGUAUAGACACCGUGAAUAGCUGGAAGGCUAGAGCCUAAGCUUAUGUUAUCGUUCGUAAUCGCAACGCGUUUGUAAGUUUAUAUUUUAAUUAGGAUACAGAUCCCAAGCUUCUUGCCAGUUUUCUUUUCUUCUGUUCUUAUAAUAUACGAAGCUACGGUAUAUGUAAAACGGACGUAGCGUGCAAUGACCCCGGCUUUCCACGAAUCGACUUGAAACUUCAUCUACUUGAAACUUCGUCGUCGUAUGGUGCUUGAAUAAUUAAACGAUUCUCUUAAUAAUAACAAUAAUAAAAAGUGUUUCUUGUUUAAAUAUCAUUCUUGUAUUAUCGACGAAAUAUUUGUUCCCUAGAUCAGCAAAAAUUUCUGGGUCACAAGUGUCAAUAGAUAUCAAAAAGCUCUAGCACAUCUAUUAUAGCUUGUAAAUGUUCAAUAUCCAGUACUGAAUUACGUCUGUAAUAUUACAAUGUUUCUUCACACUUUUAUCCGAUUGUAUAACAGGUACUAUUGAAAAUGUACAUUUUAAAAAGUAGAGAAAAAUUAUUAUUUAAAAGAUGAUCAUUCAAGGAAAUUCAGAAUUAAAUGAAUUUCCAGUAUCGUUUGGUACAGGAAUUAGUUUAAUUAGAAUUUAACAACUGAUCUCUACGACACUGACUAACUGAUUUUUCAUCAACAUUUAAUUGCAAUACUUUCAGGUCUAAAUGCAAGCUCUGUCCAUUAGGAAUUUUAUUUUAAUAUAUAGCUUAUAAAUGUUCAAUAUCCAGUACUGAAUGACGUCUGUAAUAUUACAAUGUUUCUUCAUACUUUUAUCCGAUUGUAUAACAGGUAUUAUUAAAAAGGUACAUUUUAAAAAGUAGAGAAAAAUUAUUAUUUAAAAGAUGAUCAUUCAAGGAAAUUCAGAAUUAAAUGAAUUUCCAGUAUCGUUUGGUACAGGAAUUAGUUUAAUUAGAAUUUAACAACUGAUCUCUACGACACUGACUAACUGAUUUUUCAUCAACAUUUAAUUGCAAUACUUUCAGGUCUAAAUGCAAGCCCUGUCCAUUAGGAAUUUUAUCUUAAUAAUACUUUGAUAAACACACGUCGGUGAGUCAUUUGACCCCUGAGGAAGCUGACUAUAAUACUGGCUGAUUAUAAUGAUAAUUAAAAGGACAUUUUCACAACCAAAAAACUAUUACAUCUGGUUUCUAUUUUUCGUUCUUAUCGGUUUUUAUUGAUACGAAUCUAAUCGAACGAGAUACGAAUCGAACCGUGCAAUUCACACGUAUGAUGUGAUAACUGAUUAUGUUAUUUUAUCAUAUGUAAUUAAAACGUUAUAUAUGUGAAUACUGUUAUCACUCUUAAAUUUUCCAUUAGUUUUCAUAAUAUACUUUCAUUAUUUAUAAUUAUUCCUCAUUUCUUACUAAAGAGUUUAUUUUCCAUAUGCAUGCGAAUAUACUCGUUUUCAAGUUUAAUAUCCAUCCGUGUGAUAAAUCACAUGUUGUCCGGUUUGAAAGAAAGAAAAAGUUCCUGAAGCCAGCUUUAGCGGUCAAUCGCACAAUGUUAAUCUCAAGUUUUGUCCUCCUUGUGAAAUUCGGCGUAGCAACGAAUCUCAUGUGAAAUAUGAAGAAUAAUAAGGUCAGUGUUCUGCUCUGAUUCGUAUUACGCGAUGUCAAUAUUUUCAUGCACUGAGAGGCAUUGUUUUCUUGCGAUUUCAACCUUUGUGGAAGAAACGAGUAGAGACGUAAAAUGAAAGGCUGGAAAACGUGCCAGUUGAACUUCAGACUAGUGCGUGACAUAAUUGCAUCAAGUAUGUAAGAAUUCGCGACCACGUUAAUUUUCCGUACAAGUGAAUACAGUGAGAAAUUAUUCGAAUGUUAUUUGCAUAAUUGCUCUGAUUCUGCCAUGUCAAAAUCUCGUGUCAUUCGGCACUCUUGUACAUAAAAAUAAAGGUACUCGGAGAUACUUUUUGCAGCCACUUUUGUGUACGAUAAUAGCAUGUUUGUGUCUUUCGGUUAAGGUAAAUGUACUUUUGUUUUUCGUCGAAGUUUAUUUAACCACUUCCGUGAUAUGCGUUCACGUAUAGCCUUGACAAUUUUCUCAUUUUAGCCAUUUUUGUUUAUCAGUUCAACACACUGUAGCAAAAUAUAUGCGAAAAAUAUACACUGAAUUUCACGCUCGAUUUCAUUGUUCUGUCCUUUUCUGAUUCUCUCAUUUAG